GCUAGAUAUGACUUUGUGAGGCAGCUUCGAAGCCGUAUUGACAAUACACUUACACCAUUGAUCGACAAGAAGUUAGAGCGACUUGAUGGAAGAGAGGGGGACAGGAACAACACCCUUCCAGUGAUAACUGAGGAGAUUAUAGCUUCACCAGAGUGAGUAACAGUUAAUACACUGAAGGAAUACAUUGUAAUCUUUAUAUACUGGGGAGCAGCUGUGUAAUAAAGCAUUUCUAUUAUUUUAUCUUGUCUCAUUGCAGAUUUAGGGGUGGGCCAAGGGGGCUGCAGCCACCCCUUUUCCUUUGAAAUUUAAUUGUAUUAUUUUUAUUGAAUUCCGUCUCAGAAAAAUAAAAAGUAUCUAGAAUAGAGCUGUUAAAUUUAAUGUCCUGCCACCCAUUUCUGAAUUUUCUGGGUUUGCCACUAAGUCUUUCCAUGACCCUGAUAGAACCAGGGAAGGUUAAUUGAAUACUAGGACAUAUUGGAUACAAGUUUACAGGGAUAUGUGUGUAUUACUGUAAGAAAAUACUAUUAUUAAUAUUAUUAUUAUUAUUAUUAUUAUUAUUAUUAUUAUUAUUAUUAUUAUUAUUAUUAUUAUUAUUAUUAUAAUCUGAUAUAAUGCUGUGUUUUUACUUUCUUGGUACAUAUAGGAUGGCAUAAAAUAUCUAGGCUGUGUUAUAGCAUUACAUUGUUUAUUUUGCUCCUGGGCAAUUUGAAAAUCUUAGUUUUCCAUGAAAACCAUAUCCCGGGUACCCUGGAUUUCUUAGGUUCAGAGAAAUGGGCUCCCUUCAAUUAUUCUUAGUGCACAUCCUUGCAUAUUAAGUAUGAUCUUUUUUGCACUUAAAACUUCUACCUGCUGCUACAGUGUAUACCUUGAGAUGUUGUCUGAACAUUUUAAUGGACUUUUCUUCCAAGUCUAAACAAACUAGAACUGAUCUUAUCCUGUUUCUACGACAAAGAUGCAUGUAUGUCGAUCACAGUUAACAGCCAGCCUACAUUGUUAAGACAGUAUUCUCAUUUUGUCUUUUUUAUGCUUGCUACACUGGUCACUGUUGACCAUCCUCUUACCCUUGCAGGUUUAUUAAUCUCCAGCAGUCAAUAUUAGCAGAUACAAAGGAUGCUGUGAAUGCACUGGUAUAAUUCCUUACAAAUACUCAAUAAUUAAAAAUGUUACCAGUAGUCUAAAGUGAUCUUCCUAAUCUUCAUAGCCAAGGUCAUACAGGUGUACGGUUUUCAAUCACUUAAUUUCUGCAGAAUUUAAGACCUGGAAAAAAUAGAAAGUUCUUAUGAAAAUUAGCAAUGCAAAAUUUAAUAACUGAUAGUUUAUCCUCUGUGCAUUUUGUAUAUGUACACUCUGAGCUAUCAUACAUUGUAUGUUCAAUUAAGAAGAAGCAUACUUCUUGAGUUGUUUGAAACAUGGCUAUCAAUAGUACUGCAUGUAACCCAGUUCUUGAAAAAUUCUUAAUAGUUUUUUUGAAUGUGAUAUUUUCUGACAAAUCGUCUUGUCCAUUUCUCAGCCAUUUUUGGUAAAAUUAAGUUUUGUAAUAACUAGUAAUACUAAAAAGAAGCAUGUAAUCACCUGUUAUAACUUAAUGUAACUUAUAUUUUGAUUUUCAGAUCCAAACUUUUUCUCAGAAUCCUCGCCUUCGUUUAUCUGACUAUGAGCUCACAGAAAACAGGGGCCGAAUGGCACCAUUCAGAUUAUCGCUGGAUUCAAGUGAUGAAGAUUCAUCCAUGUCAUCUUCAUUUGGACAGGUAUAACUGCAGCAAAGUAUUGAUACGUUGGUUACUUAUAAAUCAUUCUCUUUGAAGAUGCAGGUGCCUUUCACAAGGUCUAAGAGGUCAUAUAGUCCCCUUUUUCAGCCCAGCCUGUCCAGUGUUAAUGGUAUACAACAGUGGGAAGGAUAAGCAGUGUACCAGAUGACAUAAAGCCAAAACGCAUGUGGUUUCUCUAAUAUUAUAGACAGUAGUGUCAAUAAGGUGGCAAUAUUCCAUUAGUCUGAAAUUUUAGCCAUCUCUUUACAUUCCUCCCCCCCCCCCCACCACCCCCCUCCUCAACAGGCUGCUGCAGGUGGGGUAGGGUGAAGGGAUGACUGACAAUUCAGACUAAUAUUAUACUGGAAAAAGCAAAAUUGCUGGCUACUCACUCAUUAAUUUUUUAAUGGGCCAUUUUUUGAACCUGGAAAAUGGUUUAUCCCGAUUGUACAUCAGCUUAAAUUAUGGUAAUAUUGUUGUUAUUUGUAUUAUUUGCUAUAUUUUACUUUUUGUCCUUAAUUUUUCUUGAACUCUUGAAUUUUUUUCCCUUCUCUGGGGUCAACUGCAUUGGGACCUUGCGUUUGUUUGUUUGCCUCUGUAAUUUGCUUAUUAUUUUUUGUACACUUAAUGAAAGUCUCUAAUUUUAAUUGAUAAGAAAAUAUGAAAUAAUUAAGUGAAUGCAAACCAGCCUAUAUCAAUUAAUAAACAAAGGGACUAGACUUAAGUUGUGGAAGAAUUACUCCACUCUUUUCAUUUCCUACCAAAUAAAGAUCUAAGCAUGCAAGUACAUUACGUAUGUUUCAUUGUCCUACAUGUACUUUGUACCAUGGUAUAUUUUUCCUCUUUGGUUUUUUAGACUGGGUUUAUGUUUAACAUGACACCUGAGAAGUUUAGUGAGAUUGCAGAGAAUCUUGAUCCUGAUAAACCACUGCAAGUGAGUCAAGCCUUAUGAUAAGUAAUAACUUUUUCUAUUUUGAAAAGUAACUUAUUUAAUUUUUGAAUAAGUUACUUUUCAAAAUUGAAAGAGUUCCAAAAAGUGUUUGUCUACUAAAACAAAAGUGACGUUCCAAAAUUCAGGAAUUUUGAAACACUUUAAAAAAUGACCAAAAACCCUUAGGAAUGUGUACAAAACAGUACCCAAUUUUUGUGUAUGUCAAAUAUGCAAAAGCUUAAAGGUCUGGAGCAAGGCUGAAAAUGAAGUGUAAGACUAGGGAGAGAUGACAGGCAUAUGAGGUUUGCCUGUUUAGUGUGAGCGAGACUCUGACAAUGUGCUGGCACUUUGCACCUACAUAGUAAACAAUUUUGAUUGUGAUUUUGAGGGGAAAAACCUACUGUUUUACAGUCUUUAAGGACGUUCUUGCAAAGAGAGCUUCAUUAUUUACUACAGGUGUAUUUGUAUUCUUGUAAUUAUUUUUAAAAUUAAUUGAAAUUAAAAACACAGGUUAUUCUCAAUCAAUGUAUACUGUGUCUUAUUCACUGAUUGACAGGUGCGGAUUAAUGCAUUGAAUACACUCUACCAGUUUCCGCUUUCUGAUGAACUCACAAGUAAAAAUUCAGAAGGAAUAAGAAAAGGACUCUUGGCUGCACUGGCAGAUGGAGAUGAGCAUCUUGCA